UGAAGUCAUGGCGCUCAUGUUCCUUGUGGCUUUCAUCCAUCACAGCGGUCUUUUUGGCCGCCUCUGGUCGCUCUACUACAUAUUGGUCAACUGGCUGAACCGUGGUCGCACAAGACUUUUCGCUGUUUUCCGACGUGUCGCGUACGACAAGACACCCGAGCUGGGAGAGGUGGAGCGGGGCCUCUGCGCGGGUGCGGGCCAGCCGGCGCGUGAAGAGACGCGAACAGUUGAAGAGGAAGACCGUGACGCGGAGGACCAUCCGAGCUGCCGAGUGGAGGCAACGGACGAGUUCUACUGCGAGUACGAUUCCACCUGGGAGGCCGAGGAGGGUCACGAGGAGACGAUGAAGACCCGCGCCUCCAGCGCGCCCAGAAACUAUAAAUUCCACUCAUUCCAAAGGGCAGCAAGAGACCUGCACCACUACAGACACGGCUACAAGGCAGGUAUCAACAGACGCUUCUGGUAUCAGACGGAGUCGAAUCUAGAUGAGAAUCCCAAUUUGAAGUUCUACUGCGGAGAGAUUCCCUCGUCCCCUGAUGGUGUCUACAUCGGCGAGUUUCACAGAGACUGGCGCGGGCAGUAUGACUUGCUGGAGCGUGUGCACAGCUACAUCCAGUGGCUGUUUCCACUGGAGGAGCCUGGAGUGAACCCUGAUGCCAGAACCUUGACCAAGACUGAGAUUCAGGCUUUCAUCCACAAUGAUGUCGCCAGGGAAAAUCUACUCGAGUCCUAUAAGCUGAUGCUGGACUUCUACGGCGUCAAACUGUUGAACAAAGAAACCGGCGCGGUGACAAGAGCGGACAACUGGAAGGAAAGAUUUGCGAAUUUGAACAGACACACCCACAAUAACCUGCGUAUAACCCGGAUCCUGAAGUGCCUGGGGACUCUUGGAUUCGCUCACUGCCAAGCACCUUUGGUCCACUUCUUCCUGGAGGAGACUCUUGUUUGCAGAGAGCUGCACAAUGUCACAGACAGCGCCCUGAACUACUUCCUCUUCACCGUCCUCGACAAAAGACAGCGCCGGCGGCUGCUGAAGUUUGCCUUCAGGCACUAUGACCGGACGCAGGAAUUUGUGUGGUGCCCGCGGAAGAUCCAGAGUAUUUGGGCUCAAGAGAAGUGAUCCGAAGUGUGACUUGGCAAGGUGACCAUUCGAGAUAAAACCUUGGCAUGAACCUUCACUGACCCGAGGAUCAGCAGGCUUGAAGUUCAAGCCAUUGUUUUUUUGUUUAUUUUUUUGCAAAUAUUUCAUAAUGCGUUGAUUCAUUUGUGUGGUUUUGAUGUUGAGCCCAGUUUCAUGUGGUAGAGAAAUGAGUUUCAGUUCCUGAAGGCUCAGUGACUCAUCAGCAUUUGCUUCUUCAGGUAGGUGUGUGCUCACAUCAGUAGGUCUGUUCUCUCUGUUACAUUUGUUUGGCAUGAAUGAAGUUGGUCAGUGGAGUCUGCAGCUCUUGGUUCCUGUCUGCCACUUGAUUUAUGGAGGAGCCUUGACGUGGCGAAGAUGGCCGGCUGAACGGCUCACAAUGUUUGGGACAACAGAAACGGAAAAAUGUUACCUGAUGAGUCAGGUUCUGUAACUGCUUCUCCUAAUAAGGACCACACGAUGGAAGGAAGCAUCCUGUUGAAUCCACACCAUGAAGAGUGGAGACAGUUCUGAAGGCAAAGCGGAGCCUGUAAGGGUUGUGAUCAUCAAUAGCCUGUUAGGUUUCACACUUUCCAAGGCUUCUUUGUCAAAAAUAAAAAUAAAAAUAAGUAA